ACGCGACCAAUCGGCGCGGCCGCGAGCGAAUGGUGUCCCCGCCCAUCAUGAGAGCCCCCGUUGCCCUUUCCGCGUGACUACCGGCCACAGUUCGUACGCGAGCGUUCACGGAGCGUGAUAUCGUACGCGUCGGAGACGCGCGCGCUCCUCUUCACGAUCUCCUCGCCAACCUCUCUCGUGCGACUCUUGGCCGCCGCGCGAACGCCGCCAGCCGUUCGAAUCGCCGACGUCCGUCACUCGUUCGCUCUCUCAGUCUCCCUCUCUUUCUUGCGGCCUCGAGAGAUCGAUCAAAUUCGCGUUUGCCGUCCACUUGGCACACACGUCGCCGGAAACAUGUAAACCACGCUCGCGCGGCGAAGAGAGAGAGAGAGAGAGAGAGCGCAGCGGGCGGCAGUCGUGGAGAACAACGCACUUUCGGGGCGAGGAACGCGAGAACGCCAGGUGGUGCGCCGCGACGUUGCCGCGGUAUCGGCGUGUAUCGGUCCCCGCGUGCGCGAGAGAUCGUUCGAUCUAUCGUACUUGGCCCCGUCGCUCGAGCGGCGCUCUUACCUCUGUUCGUUGAUUCGCUCGCUCGAUAUCGUUCCGCGUGCUCCACACGGGGAAAUCCGUGCGAUGCGAGUCGUCGCCGUCGUCGUCGCGGUGCCAGCCGAUCGUCCUCGUCGUCGGCGCAUAUAAGAAUGCGAGGCUAAGGGGGAGAAGGGAGCGUGUACGCGUAACCUGCUCUCCGUCCGUCCGUCGCGCUUCCACGAGGGGAAUUCGACUCGGGAGAUUCGGCGGGUCGGCCGAAGAAGAGGACUCCACACGGGAUCGCUCCGACGCACGUCUGCACGUCAUGUCGACGAGCUACCUGCUCCUGUCUCUGCUGAUGGUCGCGUGGCAAAGCGGCGCGCAAGCCAACUGGUGGUACCUGGGCCUGGAGCCGAGGCUGACAUCCGGCACGAUCCAAGGCGGCGGUGCCGAGUCGCAGACGCAGAUCGCAGGCGCGGGUGUGAUCGGUCCGGCGAGCGCUGAAAAGACCUGCAAGAGCGCACACCUGACCGUCAAGCAGCAGGCGAUAUGCUCCCGCUCGCCACCCGUCCUGCAGGCGGUGAGUGCGGGUGCCAGGCUCGCCAUCGAGGAGUGUCAGCACCAGUUUAGAUCGGCGAGAUGGAACUGUUCCGUCAGCCCGGAAAAUCCCGAGAAUGUGUUUGGCGGCGUCACGUUAGUCAAUAGCCGAGAGGCUGCGUUCAUUUAUGCCAUAUCAGCAGCCGGGGUCGCUUACAGCGUCACGAGGGCCUGCUCCAGGGGCGAGCUCACCGACUGCUCCUGCGACAAUCGAGUGCGAACGCGACGCCCGAACAAUUGGCAGUGGGGAGGAUGCAGCGAAGAUAUACACUUCGGGGAGAAGUUCUCGCGAGAAUGGUCCGACAGCGGCGAGGAGCCGGUGAAGGAAGGCGUCCUCCACGGACCAAAAGGUCUAGCUGGCCAACUGAUGAGGAAACACGAUAGCGAGGCUGGCAGACGCGCCAUACGCUCUAGGAUGCAACGCGUGUGCAAGUGUCACGGCAUGUCUGGCUCGUGCAGCGUGCGCGUGUGUUGGAGAAGACUGCCGACUUUCAGGGUGGCCGGAGUCGCUCUGGCGGCAUUGCACGAGGGUGCCGCCUUGAUGCGGCUGGCGCAGCGCGGCGGAAGGAGACCGGCCAGGCUCAGACCGGCGCGACCCGAUCUCAAACGGCCGAACAAGACGGAUCUGGUUUACCUCGAAGACAGCCCCGAUUACUGCGAAAGGAACGUCACGCUCGGCAUUCCCGGCACGCGAGGCAGAAUAUGCAACAAGACGUCCCUCGGCCUGGACGGAUGCCGGCUGCUGUGCUGCGGUCGCGGCUACCAGACGCGGGUGCAGAACGUCACCGAGAAAUGCAAGUGUCGAUUCGUCUGGUGCUGUCACGUCAAGUGCGAGCUGUGCCGGCACUCGCGCGAGGAGUACGUUUGUAACUAGACGCUAGUUGAAAUUGUAUUCCGCUACCGCGGCCUAUCUGAGGAGUACAUAUAUAUAUAUAUAUAAAUAUAUAUAUGUAUGUAUGUAUGUAUACAUACAUAAGCGCGCGAGAGCGUGCACCUCCGUGCCCGCAAAUCGCCCGUAAGCACGAGCUCUCGCGCGAGGCUCGUCGCCACUUUUGUGUUGUACCGUUAUUAUCACGUUUUAUCGUCAGUCAGCCGACAGCCGCGAGAGGCUACGCACGUUACGUCGAUGCGGUUUUCUUGCCUGACAGUCUGCCGGUCGGUCGUCAAUUCCGUUCUCCGGCAACGUCGAGUGUGCGCGAGCUAACAGGAUGGGACGUCUUUCAUCCCGGUGUUCCUUGCGUCUCAACUCGGCGACGUGAUUUCGAACGGUUAAAGUGCGUCUCGACCGGGUUAACGAUCGUUAACUCUUCCCCGGGAGCAAAAACGUGAAAAGUGAGAGGCUUCAUGCGAGCUCAACGAUUUUUUGGCGACAAUGUAACUUCUGGAACUGCAGAAGUGUGGACGGUUCUUUCUUUCAGGCAAGACUCUUCACUUUCUUCAUGUUUUUAAUUCGUUUCAUCCUGCGCGGCGUAACGUUAUGCUCGAGUGGACUUAUUCGCAACGGCCGAGGUACUCAGUAUUACUGCCAUCGUAGGUGAUAUAUAAGGUGGUCCACUUUCACCUCGCACGUCCACUGCCAUGUUCACGUCUACGUCCGAGCCCCCACAUCCGUUUCCUCUAUGUGGAAGUUGACGUUAAGGACGACGCGUGUCCGUGAGGUUGCCGUUGCGUGGCUUAUCGGUCUGGCCCGACUGUCAGGUGUGUGUGUGUGUGUGUGUGUGUGUGUGUGAGUGUGUGUAUCUGUGCGGCACUUUAUUUUUACGCGAACGUUAAUGCAUCGCGAGUCAGUGUGUUACUUUAAUUUACAUUUAAUCGCGUAACUCCAUCUCCACCCGGACGCAUACGCCGCAGACGAGAGAGAUUGAUAUUCCAAGGAUGAAUUAAUACACAUGCCACGCGCAUAUGCUCGCUUUUGCAUCAUCGAACUCGCGUGCGAUUCGAUCACUUGGAGUCCUGAGCGAAGCGAGCUACGCGAACGGCACGGGAUCAAGCUUCUUAUCUUCCGACUAUUACAUAAUAUAUACAUAUAUAUACACACAUAUACAUAUAUAUAUUUAUUUAUUUUAUACGCCUGCGCAUAUAUAAUUAUGUAUAAUUAAAUAUUUAUAAUUAUAUAUAAUUAUAUAUUUUUAAUUAAAUAUCUAUAUAAUAUAUACAUUUAUAGUAUGUAUAAUUACGUAUAAUUAAGUAAAUAUUAAUUAAGUACACAUAUAUUUAAUGCGUAUAAAUGCGUAUCGAUUAGACGUACGCAUGAAAUGUGCACGUUCUUCUUAGAGAGAGAGACUCGCAGGAUAAAGAUUUCCGCGUUUGACUUUUACCUAGAUCUUCAUUCGUAACGUAUUUAAAUAUCUCGCAAUACUCGACAUCACGCCCCUGUGUGCCAAUUUGUUAUUUCUACGUAUGGCGAAGGGAAAGAGAGAGUGUAUGUGUGUGUGUGCGUGUGUGAAAGAGCGAGCGAAAGGAUAAAGAAGAGCAACGACUGCUCUUUCCGCGUAAUUCUAUCGCGUGUGCUGUAACAAAUUUGCGUGUGACGCACGACUGUCUCACAUAUAUCGAAGUGAAGACUCUCGUACGUUGAUUAGAGAUGUCUCACAGCAUACACCAAUGCUCUCGAAGCGCGUAGGUUCUUCUCUUAGCCCAUGAUACAUAGGGCAAAUCGCGAGAACGCGCGUACAACGCAAGCUAUGAGAAAAGAGGUGAAGAGGGAGAAAGGAUGAGGCGGUCACGAAGCGCAAAUCCGCCUCGCGAGUUAUCGCGCGCCUCGAGACUCGCACGAAUCGGGAACAAUUCUGCCAAUGAACGAUGUACAUAGCGUCUCACCGUUUUUCUAGAUUCCACGUCCACGAUCAUUGUUGUAUAUAUAUGCAUAUGUACGAGAAUUUCAUAUUCGUUUUCGUUUAUGAGAGAGAGAGAGAGAGAGAGAGAGAAAAGAAAAGUUAUUGUCCUGCGUUCUCCACGGCUCACGCGAAUAACAUAACUCAUAUUCUCGCGAUUUUAUCUCACUGUCACUUUAUAGUAUACACACACACACACACACACACAUAUAAUAUAUACAUACAGACAUAUAGAGAUACAUGUAUAUAUGCUGCGUAUACGCGCAUGUGUGUAUGUAUGCAAUACGGACCCGGGAAAACGGCGUCUAGUCAUUUACGAAUUCUCCUGAUUCAUAUCAGCCAACACUUGAACGCUCCAACGACCAACGUUGCGCGCUAGAUCUCGAAUACAUUAUGCGUGUCGGAAGACGUGACAUAUACAUCGUUAUUUUAUACCUUGAGAUAUCAAGCACUACGCAAUAUCUUAGCAAGAUAAUCGGCAAUCUCCUGAACAACUCGCUGCAAAAUAAAUUCGAACAUGUCUUACACAACGUGCAUACAUAUUUGCAUAUGUAUUUCAUUACAUAUAAACGUAUUUAAUUUAUAAAUACACACACGCGCGCGCGCAUAUAUGCUUACACACACACGGGUAGGAUUUACUAUUAAAUUUCUACACAGUAUAUAUAUAUAUAUAUA